AGCGCGCCGGGUUCAAACGUGAAAACGUGUUGUUUCGUCUGAAUGAGUUGUGUAAGUUUUUGGAUUAGUUUAUAUUAUAUGAGGUUCAUGGAGAUCAGCCAAGAAGGAGAUAAAACAAAAAUGGAGCAGGAAAUCUCCAGUUUCAAAUCCAUCAGGGCAAAGUUUCAGGAAGAGAUCAUGGCAAAAAACAGACCUCUGUUUCCUGAGAAACCCAAACGCCUCUCAACUUUAGGCCGCUCUGGUUUUAUAAACAUAACCUCAGGUACAACAGAGACGAAACCACCCGGUCUACCUCGAGUCAUUUUUAGAGAAGACAGGAACGUUUCUUCAGGAAAAUGGCCUGUAUCUUUCUCAAGCUUUUCUCACACAACACCUGAAGACAAUCGGUGUGAAGAUGGUGGGAACAGACCGUCAUAUCAAGUCCGACAUUUGCCCCUCGUGCUGCCACUUUCGAGCGAGCCAAAGCCUGAUUCUGCUGCUCCUUUAUCAAAGGGAAUCACAUCACCUCUCAGAUGUAUCAAGAAACCAAUGCCUGCACCAUACAAGCCAGCCAAAAUUUCCUUUUCCGGUAAAGACAUAGGAAAAUUUGGUCACACAGAAGAGCACACCGCUAAAGCAUUGAAUCCAGGACCUGUUGAGGUCCACCAGGCUACGGUGUCAAACCCUGGCUCGCAGUGUCCCAGUCCAGACCAUCCGUCUACAUCUUCGCCAAGCGAAUCGCUGACGGGUUCGUCUCCUAGUAGUGUUUCUCAGUUCUUCGACCAGCACGUCAUCAGCACGCUCGAGAAAGCCAAAAGGAAGCUCUCGCAUAAAAACCUGCUAGUGUGUGGCAGACCAAAGGGCUUUUACUUAAAUAAAAGUACAGCGUCCACCGAUAGUCCUCCAUCCCCGACUGAAUCUGAGAGCUCUCACCCUGAGACUGUGCUCCCUGCACGGGGAAGAUGUCCAUUUAAUGGCGUCCCUGUUUAUGCCUCCACGUCUCCAUUGAAGGUCAAUAAAACAUCACACAGUACCAUCACUUAUAUGAAGCUGAAUGGAGUCACACGACCGGAAAAGGAUCAUUCUCCAGUACGCAAGCCUUUACCUGACCUGAAAUCCCUGGGCCUUGUGCCCUUAAAGCCACCUAGACCUCCAAAUGUGAAUCUCGGCAGAUAUACAACUCAAGGCCACUUCACUGACUCAAGUGAGACGCACACCACUGAACGUAAACCUGAAUCUGAGUUUCUGGCCACCAGAAAUGCUACGCUCGAAAACCCAACUCCACCACCCCCUGAAUUUCCAGAUUUUGAUACUUGUGCUCCAGAUACCAAUGACAGUAACCCAAUAAAUAUAGCAGCCCUUGAAUUAGAAGCGACAGAAUGUCCCCACAGAGUUUCUGAUUCAUUGCCUCCACCAACCCUGCCGGAUGAGGACGAAGGUUUGCGCGUUCAGGCUACGCUGGUCCAAGUUAGUGCAGGUCAUGUUGGUCCAAAGAACACGUGGUCAGGGGAGCUUCACAGUGGAUCAGUAGACGAAGAGUCGAGAAGUGUCGAGGCCCUGCCAUAUCUACAGUCGGUUCCUCCUCCAGAAACGGUGACUGCAGAUCUCGGAGAAAAAGGAUCACAUGCUGCAUUUAACCUAAGCAGUGAACAGCAACUUACAUCAGAACCAAAUUCUUCUCUUCAAGAGCAUUUCCAUGAAACCUGUGAAAAUGUCUAUGAGGACGUGGAGGCGGCCCCCAAAUUCCCAUUUUCUCAAAACUCCAAGAAACGUAAAGGAGCUCCAAAAAAUCCAUAUGCUGAUAAUGGCCACGUGAAAGUGGAAGGGCGGAGGAGUAUGUGGCUUGUCACUCCAUGGUCUAGUUCUGAAGAUCAAAAUGGCCAGACACAACACGACAGAAAGGACCAACCAAGCCCUGAACACCACGAUGAAAAGGAGCAGAAGAAGAAAGAGAAGCAGCGUCUGGAAAGGGAGAAGAAAGAACAGAAAGAGAAGGAGAAGAAGAGGAAUGAGAUGCACAAGAAAUUUAAAAUCACUGGACAGGAGGAGCCCAUGUAUCAGGCCAAAGUUCUCGUGGCCAGCAAACUGCGCAAACACGACCUGCCAGUCAAGAGCGGAGACGUCAUCAGCAUCAUCCGAACCAUCAACUGCCCCAAAGGCAAAUGGCUGGCCAGAGACGCCAACAACAAAUAUGGCUACAUAUCAGUGAUGAAUGUGGAGUUAAACAUUAAAGAGAUGUUGGAGCUCGGGAAAAGGGCAUCACAGGCUGCUGGGCGAGGGCAAACAGAUGGCGAUAACAUCAGCUUCAGCAGCAGGUCUUCUCAACACAAUCCAGUGCUCACAAGCAGCUUCACUGAUGACAGUGAAGAAUGGACCUGUGAUGAAGAAACACUGUCGCCAUCUGCUGAAAAUUUGAGUCAGAACAGAGCUGUCUCUAUGCCUGACAUGUUUUACAGUAACUUUUCUACUCAUCAUACCGUGAGCGAUGGCAGCAUGGAGGACAUCCACCCACAACAUGAAGCUCUGCAGAAGCUGGCUGUGUUUUUUCAGAACGGCCAUGAAAACCUCAUAACCACUACAGAAGAUGAAGCAUGUCUACCGAGCACCGAUGAUCCAAGUUUUCUUGAGGCUGUGGAUGAGCCACCAUACUUAGAGGUUGAAGACUUUCAGUUUGCAGACAUUGAUCUUCUGCCGCCUCCUCCUCUCUAUGCUGACUCUCUGUGAGACGUCUGUGCAAUUGAAUGGAGUUUCUUCACUUGAUCAGGUGGUGGUAAUCAGGCAGUAAAUCUGUCAACUGCCUUUAGUCACUAGAAGUCGUCAAAUGAGCUAAAAAAGUGCUUUGUGUAUAAAGCUAUGUGCACUACUCCUGAGAAAAAAACUAUUUAACUUUGGCAUUUUGAUGACAAUAAUCCUGCAAGUUUGGAUUGUAAGCAAAGAGUAGGCCAUGAAAAAUACAUGACGGAGCCAAGUAGAAGGCUAAAUGAAAUGUAAAUUGCUAUGCACUUUUUUUUUUAAGGAUUGAGAGUUCCUUAAAAUGAGUUCCUGUAUGAUCUCUGUGUAAACUAUAACUUUGAGUUGGUUUUGCUUUUUUUGUUGUAUUGUCUGUAUUGUAUGGGAAAUUUUGAAAGUUGGUGGUUUAAUUAUGUUUGUUUAGCAACAAAAAUACAACUUGUGAAUGUUAGCAUGGAAUAAAUGCAUCAGUAUACAGCAGA